AAAAAAACCCCGCAAAAAGACUCGCCGAUGGGAGACAGAACAGCGCAGUGAGAACCCGGUCAUCAUGAGUCCCAGAGCAGAGGAAACCACUUUACUCUGCCCCCCUGGGACUCUUCAAUCUCCACAGAGAAGCGCAACGUGCGCUCCUUGAUGGACUUUUCGGAAUCGAGAGCCCACCGCCAACCCCCCCCAUAUCCUCAUCACCACCUCCUCUCUCCGUCAGCCCUGAAGUAAGUCGGUAUAUGGGACUUAAUGGCGGGUGCUAAGCGCACCGAGUCUCCGUCCGAAAGCGACCAGGACGUGAAGAGCGAGCUGAGGAAAGCGGCGUCGGAUCAGCAGGAUAGAAGCGCGGCUCCGACGCGCAGAACGACCGGCUCCAUGGCCAGCGACGGCGGCCAGAGAUAUUCAGAAGAAUACAGCAUGGAUUCCACUAAUGCACAGGUGCAGGUGGAAUUCUAUGUUAAUGAGAACACGUUUAAAGAGAGACUGAAGCUCUUCUUCAUCAAAAACCAAAGGUCAAGUCUCAGAAUACGCCUUUUCAACCUCUCACUAAAGCUGUUAACAUGUCUCCUGUACAUCCUCCGUGUAUCACUGGACGACCCCACCACUCAAGUCACAUGUGAACAGAAACAUCGCUCCAAUGUUACAGACACUCUGUGCAGUAAAAUAUCAGCCAAUCAGACGACAGAUCCCAACCAGAUCGACUGGGGUUUGAUAUUCUGGGUGAACAGAAAGACUCCUGUAUGGGCAAUACAGGUGAUAGUGGCCUUAAUUAGCUUCCUGGAAGCAAUGCUUUUAACAUAUCUCAGCUACAAGGGGAAUAUUUUUGAGCAGAUUUUUCAAGUCUCUUUCAUCCUGGAGAUGAUCAAUACAGUGCCAUUUAUAAUUACAAUCUUUUGGCCACCAUGGAGAAACAUCUUUGUUCCUGUAUUCCUUAACUGCUGGCUUGCCAAAUCUGCACUGGAGAACAUGAUUAAUGAUCUUCAUCGUGCCAUCCAGCGCACACACUCAGCCAUGUUCAACCAGGUGCUCAUCCUUAUCUGCACCCUGCUGUGCCUGGUCUUCACCGGGGCUUGUGGGAUUCAACACCUGGAGCGGGCAGGAAAAAAUCUUUCCCUGUUUGAUUCUAUUUAUUUCUGUAUCGUUACGUUUUCCACUGUGGGCUACGGAGAUGUCACGCCAAAAAUCUGGCCUUCUCAGCUACUGGUGGUCAUUAUGAUAUGUGUGGCAUUGGUCGUGCUGCCAUUACAGUUCGAGGAGUUGGCGUAUCUGUGGAUGGAAAGGCAAAAAUCAGGUGGUAACUACAGCAGACACAGAGCUCAGACUGAGAAACAUGUGGUGCUAUGUGUCAGUUCUCUCAAGAUUGACCUGCUCAUGGACUUCCUCAAUGAGUUUUAUGCUCAUCCCAGACUACAGGACUACUACGUGGUGAUCCUCUGCCCUACAGAGAUCGACAUCCAGGUGCGGCGUGUGCUGCAGAUUCCUCUCUGGUCUCAGAGGGUCAUCUACCUGCAGGGCUCUGCACUGAAGGACCAGGACUUGAUGAGAGCAAAGAUGGAUGAUGGGGAGGCCUGCUUUAUUCUCAGCAGCAGGAAUGAAGUGGACCGCACUGCAGCUGAUCAUCAGACAAUCCUCAGAGCCUGGGCUGUGAAGGACUUUGCACCAAACUGUCCUCUCUAUGUGCAGAUCCUUAAACCUGAGAACAAAUUCCAUGUGAAGUUUGCUGAUCAUGUGGUGUGUGAGGAGGAAUUUAAAUACGCCAUGCUGGCUCUGAACUGUGUGUGUCCAGCCACUUCCACACUGGUAACACUACUGGUCCACACUUCACGCGGACAAGAGGGCCAGACGUCUCCAGAACAGUGGCAGAGAACGUAUGGUCGCUGCUCGGGUAACGAGGUCUACCACAUCCGUCUGGCAGACAGCAAAUUCUUCGGGGAUUAUGAUGGGAAAAGUUUUACUUAUGCAUCCUUUCAUGCACAUAAAAAAUAUGGAGUGUGCCUAAUUGGUGUAAAACGAGAGGACAACAAAAGCAUUCUGCUUAACCCUGGCCCACGUCACAUCAUGGCCUCCGCGGACACCUGCUACUACAUCAACAUCACUAAGGAGGAGAACUCAGCCUUCAUCUUUAAACAGGAGGAAAAGCACAGCAAGGGCCUGCCAGUCACAGGGCUGUACGACGCCCCCGCUCGGCUCCCCGUCCAAAGCAUAAUAGCCAGCAUGGGCACUGUAGCAAUUGACCUGCAGAAUCCUGAACCACAAGGUGACAGCAGCAAGCUAGCACUGCCCACAGAGAACGGGGCGGGCAGCCGGAGACCUAGCAUCGCCCCUGUACUGGAACUGGCCGACUCUUCUGCCAUCCUGCCCUGUGACCUCCUGAGUGACCCGUCUGAGGACGAGACGAACCAGUCGGAUGAGGAAGGAGUGCCUGCUCCAGAAUAUGUGAAAGGAUAUCCUCCGAACUCGCCAUACAUCGGGAGUUCGCCAACACUGUGCCACCUUCUACAGGAGAAGGCUCCUUUUUGCUGUCUACGACUGGACAAGGGUUGCCAUCAUAACAGUUUUGAGGAUGCCAAGGCAUAUGGCUUCAAGAACAAGCUUAUCAUCGUCUCUGCUGAAACAGCUGGAAACGGCUUGUAUAAUUUUAUUGUUCCACUACGUGCCUAUUACAGACCGAGGAAGGAGCUUAAUCCCAUUGUGCUGCUGCUAGAUAAUCCGCCUGAUCAUCAUUUUUUGGAGGCCAUAUGCUGUUUUCCCAUGGUGCACUUCAUGGCCGGCACCAUUGACAAUUUGGAUAAUUUACUGCAGUGUGGCAUUAUUUAUGCUGAUAAUCUGGUGGUGGUGGAUAAAGAGAGCACUAUGAGUGCUGAAGAAGACUACAUGGCUGAUGCUAAAACUAUUGUUAAUGUACAGACCAUGUUUAGGUUGUUUCCUAGUCUCAGCAUCAUUACAGAACUAACUCAUCCGUCUAACAUGAGGUUCAUGCAGUUCCGAGCCAAAGACUGCUACUCCCUGGCUCUCUCCAAAUUAGAAAAGAUAGAGAGAGAUAAGGGCUCUAAUCUUGCCUUCAUGUUCCGGCUCCCGUUCGCUGCUGGCAGAGUGUUCAGUAUCAGCAUGCUGGACACGCUUCUUUACCAGUCCUUUGUUAAAGACUACAUGAUUCCUAUUGCUAGACUCCUGCUUGGACUAGACACUACCCCAGGCUCUGGCUACCUCUGUGUAAUGAAGGUGACUGAGGAAGACCUAUGGAUCCGGACUUAUGGACGACUCUUCCAAAAGCUCUGUUCCUCCAGUGCAGAAAUCCCUAUUGGCUUAUAUCGCACAGAAUCCCACAUGUUCUCUUCUUCAGAGUCUCAGGUGUCAGUAGAUAUGGAGGAGUGUGAGGACCGGCGUGAGUCCUGGAAAGAGAAAACAGCUCACAGGAACUCAACAGGAAGUGACCAAUCGGAGCAUCCACUGCUGAGAAAGAAAAGCAUGCAGUGGGCACGGCGGCUAAGCAGGAAAAACACGAAGCCGGCAAGCCGGGCCGAACGCAUCAACCAGCAGCGGCUCAACCUGUACAGACGUUCAGAAAGACAGGAGCUGUCUGAGCUAGUGAAGAACCGCAUGAAGCACCUGGGUCUGCCCACCAUCGGCUACGAGGACGUAGCUAAUUUAACUGCCAGUGAUGUGAUGAACCGAGUAAAUCUAGGAUAUUUACAAGACGAAAUGAACGAUCAUCAGAACACACUGUCCUACGUCCUAAUCAACCCUCCUCCUGACACCGUUCUGGAGCUUAAUGAUAUUGUGUACAUUAUACGUUCAGACCCGCUGGCUCACGUCCCUGAGGAGUUGCCCGUGUGCCAGGCUGGUGCCAGGCUCAGGCAGGACUACGGCACAGAGACCCGGGGAGAGACUCAUCUCUGAGAACUGGAGCUCAGUCUGGAUUAAUGCAUGAGUGCCCUCCUCCACGACACAAGCACGCUGCCCUCUAAUGGUACAGAGGGGUAAAUACACCAUCACCAACAAGUCCUCCUUCUUUUAGCUUUUGUGGAAUUUGUUGGAACUGUACUGCAGAAUGCCUUGGUGUGGUUGCUGCACUUUUCGUGGGUAAGACAGAUGGGGGUCACACUGUUUAAGCCCGGUUCUCACACAGGACAGCGUAUCAGACUGAAGAAUGCAGUAUUUAACUGAGAGGUUUGAGCAAGAGUGAGAGAAUCACAACUGCCAUGUUACUGAACUGAAGCAGGGGA